CUCACGAAAAGAAAACGAAACCGCAGUUGACGUAUGCGCAGUGCGGAGGCGCGCACCUCACGCUACAGAAUAUGUUUGAGCGUCAACGCACAAGAGUAUCAGUGGGAACUAUGGACAAUCGGACAGCAUGUGCCCGGCUGUGAUUCACUUAUUAAAAGAAUUCAGUCAAUGAUGGAGUACAAGAAUGAAAAUGAUGGAAUAGAACUGCUUCUUGCUCACAUGAAUAUUGAAGAUUUCAUCCAGGGUGAUCAUUUUUACCGUGUCGGCGAGGAGGUGGAAUCGAGCAUCUCGUUUGACGAAAGCUUCUCACAAGACGACAUGGACGAGGAGACGCCUGGCAUGGGAGAGUCAAGCGAUCUAAUAUCGCAUGUGCAAAAACUGGGAAAGGUCCAUUACGGGACGUCAUCUGAACUUUUGGACUUUGUGAAUAUGGUUUCGAAUACACCAUCUUCUCUCUUGGACUUGGGUGAAGAAGUGGGUGUCCUGCUAAACAAGACAGACAUGAUCAUUAAGGAGGGGCAUUACCGCAUUGACUUGGACGUUCUUCUGUUUCCAUGGAAACUGACCUAUAAGCCUCAAGGGCCUGGACAUGUUCCCAAAGGCUCAUUUGGGAAAGUCCAUUUGGCCCAAGACACUAAAACUCGUAAACGAAUGGCAUGCAAACUAAUUCCUGUAGAGCAUUUCAAGCCUGCUGAUGUUGAAAUCCAAGCCCGGUUCCAUCAUGAGAACAUAGCGGAGCUGUAUGGGGCACUGCUGUGGGAACAGACUGUGCACUUGUUCAUGGAAGCGGGUGAAGGGGGCUCGGUUCUGGAGAAGCUGGAGAGCUGCGGUCCUAUGAGAGAGUUUGAGAUCAUCUGGGUCACUCAGCAGGUUCUGCGUGGUUUGGAAUACCUGCACUCCCACAACAUUAUACACCACGACAUCAAACCCAGUAAUAUUGUGCUGAUGUCUGCCAAAGCUGUGCUGGUGGACUUUGGGCUUACAGUACAGAUGAAGGAUGACAUAUAUGUUCCCAGAGACCUACGUGGCACAGAGAUGUACAUGAGCCCAGAGUUGGUUCUUUGUCGGGGACACAACACAAAGACCGACAUCUACAGUCUGGGAACCACGAUCAUACACAUGCUCAGUGGCAGUCCUCCGUGGGUUAGGAGAUAUCCUCGGACAGCCUACCCCUCUUAUCUCUACAUAAUCCACAAACAAGCUCCUCCUCUGGAAGACAUACCAGAAAGCUGCAGCCCAGCAAUGCGCAGGCUUCUGGAGCAUGCACUUGACAGAGUACCCACCCGCAGAAGUUCUGCCACCGCAUUAUUACACGAGGAGGCCCUCCAUCCAUCUCGGGAAGACCAACCACGCUGUUGGAGCCUGGACUCUGCGCUGGAGGAUGGCACACACCCGCUGUUACGACAGCUCAGUCAGAUUUCAGAGAGCACCCAUGACUCUUCCCUGUAUACAGAGGACUCGGGGCAUUCUAAGAAGAAAGGAUCCCUCUAUAUUGAUCUGGGUGCCUUGGCUGGUUACUACAGUCUGGUUAGGGGGCCACCAAGCAACGAGUAUGGCUAGAUGAGGAGGAUUUCUGUGCAUUUUGUCCCGAGGAAGACUGGAGGAUUUCUAUUGUUUGCUUUUAUAGAAAUGCUUGCAAUAUUGUUUGAACACAUCCACAAGAUAAAUCCGAUGCUUCGAAGAUCUUCAGUAUUGAGGAACUAAGUGAGGCAACUGUAUGAUGGAUAGGACAAAGCAGACAUGGACUGCACUGGACUGGUCUUCUGUUAUGCAACAAACAUUCAGAUCACACCUUCAAGAUGUGAAAUAAUGGUCAUUGUAGUCAUUCUUGGUUAUUUGGUGCGUUUUUUUCCAAAAUUUUCCAUAAUGCACAAAAAUGUAUUGACAUCAUACUGUAAUGUAAAAUCCAACUUAUGGUUUAUGGUACUUAGAGUUAUCACUGUAGCAGGGCUACAUGAAUUUAUGACGUAUUCGUUUGUUUCGCUGGGUGCAGGGCUUGUGAUUUAAAUGUACAUCCUAGAAAUUAAUGCAUUAUCAUUGUUUGAUGUUUGACCAUGGCAAUGCUAGGUGUGAAAUGAAGAUAAUGUAAUAUUAAUCAUAAUACAAUUAUAUUGAUAUUGGCUGUGUUGUAUAAGCAAAGAUGUGUUGAUAUUGUUCAAUGUGAUUUCAUAUAAGUCUGCCAGUUUAACGCCAUUCAGUCAUUGGCUUCAAUUUUUCAAACUCCACGUUACAGCUCUGAGCCUUUAAAUAUCUUUAGCUGAGAUUCCAGGUCAAUACAUCCCUUGUUAAGAUAAGAGGUGUGAAAAAAAAGCACACUUCAUCAAUGAUUUUUCCCAGAAGUUAUGAAAUAAUGCUCUUUUUCAGACAGUGCUGGAAAACAUCUCAAGUUUUUGUUCCCAUGGAAUGUGGUUUUGUUGAGUAGUUGCAAUGCAAGUCAAUGAAACAUGCAUCUGGACUCAAAUUUUCCCAUUGCUGGCAAUGGAGGUUUAAAGAUGAACCUUUAUCAAGUAUCUAUUAAAGAAAGUGUUUAUAAUAGUGACACACACAUCCGUCUUGGCACCAAAGAUUUUUUGGUAUUACUAAAAAUCUUGGCCAGUGGUUAUCUAUAGCUCUGUUCUGCUAUUUGAUGCGUAUUAAUCUGUUUGAAAGAGCUGAUCCUCUUUGUAUUAUCCCCUGAAUAAGAAUAAACACUGUUCCCUUUGGCCUAAUAGUAUAUCAAUCUCUUUUUU